UUCCGAGCCACCUACCUACCUAGGCCUCAGCAUCAUCAUCAUCAUAAUCAUCACCAAACAUCCAAAAUGCCCCCUCCAACACCCACCAUAAUAAUCGGCCUCUCCGGCCCCUCCAGCAGCGGCAAAACCACCCUCGCGCGCCUGCUGCACCGCAUCUUCACCCUCCCUCCGGACGCAUCCACCCCAGCUCCCCCUCCCCAAAUCCGAUCCCUCCUCAUCCACGAAGACGACUUCUACCACCCGGACGAUAAAAUCCCCCUCACAACCCUCCCAACCGGCACGGUGCUCCAAAACUGGGACACAGCGGGGGCCCUCGACCUGGGCUUCCUGGCGGCCUCGCUGGAAUACGUCCGGACGCACGGACGGCUGCCGCCGCGGCUGCGGUCGAAGGAGGAUCAGAAUGAUACGCAGCCGGUGGAUGAUGAUACCAGUGCCAGCACAGGGGCUGCGGGGGAGGGGCAGGGGCAGGAGCAGGUCGUGGAGGCGUUGCGGAGGCGGGUGCAGCAGCGGCUUGGGGCGGAUGCGGGGACGAAGACGGUCGCGUUCAUGGAAGGGUUUUUGCUCUUCGCGCCUCCAUGCGACACCGCUGCGGCGGCGGCAGCGCAGCACCCGCUGAGGGAGGUCCAUGAGCGGAUGGAUGGGCGGUUGUUUUUGCCGGCGGCGUAUGAGAAGGUCAAGGAGCGGCGGGAGAGGAGGUCCGGGUAUGUGACGAUUGGGGCGGCGCCGGUGCCGGAGGGAGCAGCAGCGGAGGGGGAACAGCAGGGUAACGGUAGUGGUGACGCGGUGAAAGACGACCGGGAAAGUAUCGACUUGGAGGCGGAGGAUGAUCGGCCGCCGCAGAAUUUCUGGACCGAUCCCCCCGGCUAUGUCGACGAUAUCGUCUGGCCCAAUUAUGUCAAGGAUCAUGCGUGGUUGUUGCUCCCGGAGAGGGAAACGGAGGACGAGGACCGCUUGCUGAGGGAGUCGGAUCCCCAGGUGCUGGUCCGGCUCGUGGGCCAGGGGACUCGCUUGCGAGAAAAUGCCGGGGUCACCGUUGCUCCGGGGCGCGGGGAUAAACCCAUCACGGAGCUCUUGACUUGGGCAGUGGAGGAAGUGUUGAAGCACCUAGAGAAAACGGUAUAGACGGUAUAGACAACCUGCAAAGCC